ACUGGAACUAUCCGCACGUCACUAGGAGUCACCCGCUAGGCGUUGAUUUCUCAGCAAACGAGAAACUUCGUAGUUCGGGUCGGGAUCUUGGAACGGACGUGGAGAGACUUUGUGCCGACUUUUCCUGUAGUGGCCCGGUUAUGGGCAAGUGGUUACCUUUUUAGCGUGCACGUUGCGGGAAGCAUGGGUAAGUCUUGGACAUUGGCGUGUGAUCGGCCACUGCGUUUAUCUUUUCGGCAAGUCGGAGUGGCCGCUGUAUGGCGGGGUACAGGUACUUAAGAGCAUGGCUCCCUCGUGGGUGGGGAAAGGUACAGACAACAUCUACACAAACACUUAUACCCAGCUUCCACCAGACCUCAAAUCCAACAUGACAGUCACCACCGAAUCCAAUGGCAAUGGCCAAACCGCCGCCUGGUCCGCCUCCAACCCCCAAUUCACCCUCUAUUCGCACCGUGUUGGCCCGAACGGCUUCAAAGUCGCGCAGGUCCUCUGCGAGCUCGGCCUGCACUUCCGCACCAUCUUCCUCGAAUUCGGCACCGGCGAGAACGGCAUCAAGUCGCUCGCCUUCGAGGCCAUCAACCCGAACGGCCGCAUCCCCGCCCUGGUCGACCACAGCGCCAAUGACCUCGCCGUGUGGGAGAGCACCGCUAUCAUCACCUACAUCGCGAAGAAACACGACACUGAGUUCAAGGUGUGGGCGCAGAGUUUCGAGGAUCAGGCGCUGAUCGAGACUUGGCUCGCGUACCAGCUUUCCGGUCAGGGCCCGUACAUCGGACAGGCAAUGUGGUUCAGCUACUACCAUUCUGAGCAAGUGCCCAGUGCUACCGCACGGUACAUGGCCGAGACGCGGCGUGUUCUCGGCGUGGUCCAGAAGCAGCUUGAGCGCGAGAACAGCAAUGGCUGGCUCGUGCUCGGCCGCAUGACCGUUGCGGACCUGUCGUUCGUGCCCUGGUACAGGCUGCUGUACAGGCUCGACAUGAACGUCGAGGAGGAGUUCCCCGUCGUGUGGGAGUGGAUGAACAGGAUGAUCGAACGUCCCGCUGUCAAGGAGGCGUAUGAGGGCUCCGUGUGGCCCCCUGUGGGCGAGAAGACGAAGGUGUAGAUUGUACUUAGAUACCCCGGGCGUGGAGAGCGAUGUGUUGUGCGCGUAUGUAUACAUCAGUAGGGCCAUAUAGAAUCAAUACUUGUCUACGG